GGGGGCUGACGGGAAGGGUGUUCAAACGGCGCCCGGCGGGGAGCGGUGCCGCUCUCGGUUCCCGGCCCCAGCUAUGGAGUCGGCGGACGGGGCGGUGUGGACGCUGCCCAGCACCAGGCGGCUGUCGCGGGGACCGCUCUUCGGGCGGGCGCACGGGAGGCUCGGCCUCAGCCCCAGCAGUCGGCUGUUCCAGCCGGCGCCGCGCUCCCUGGAAAAUAUAGAUCCCCAGAGAACAGCGUUCCUACUGCGUAAGCGGUGGACCUUAUACAGCGUGACCCCUCUGUACGGAUUCUCCAGCGCUCGCCUGAGGGAUUACGCUAGGAUGCUCAGUGCUUUUAUUGCUGCCGAGAAGCAGAAGGGGUUGGCAGUGGAAGUAGGGGUUGAGCUGGACAUCAAGGUGGCUGUCUCCAGCCUUCCAGACCUGAAAGGUAGUGACCAAGACCAGGCUGCGAUUCUCGUGCAGCUUUCCUCAAGAUCACCAGCUUCCCUAAAAAACUCAGAAGAGAAACUGGUAUGGUCAGGCUGGUUCUGCAGUGUGAUUGGAGAUGCUCUUUCCCAGGAUGUGCCACAUGACUUCACUUGUUUACCUUUGUUUCUUGUUAACGGGGCAGAGAGUUACACUUCCAUUGUUGGAAGCUGGUUUCAGAAGACUUUUGACUGCUGCUUCCGCCGUUUAGCCAUCAGCCCUCUCAAUCUCAGUUGGAUGGCAGCUAUGUGGACUGGAUGCAAAGUGGACAAAACUGCAUCUGCCAUGGAACUUGUUUUCUCUGCCCCUUGUCUUCCCCAGCCGCUGGAUAUUUCAUAUGCCAUUCAUCCAGAGGAUGCAAAAGCUCUGUGGGACACAGUCCAAAAAACUCCAGGAGAGAUCACCCAAGAAGAGGUGGAUAUCUUUAUGGACUGCCUUUACUCUCACUUCCACAGACAUUUUAAGAUCCACUUGUCAGCUACAAAACUGGUGAAAGUUUCUACAGCAAUUGCCUCAGCACACUGUGAUGGGAUUAUUAAGUUUCUACAAAGCCAAUACCUAACUGGAGUGCUGAUGCUACUGACUGAACUAGCAAUCUCUCAGAUACAGUGAGAGUGAUUUCAGCAAAUCUUCAUGCUAAAAAGGUUUACUGUUGGAAGAUGUAUAGUGAGAAACUGAUUGGAAACUCAGUCCUGCCACACCUUCUUUCCUUUCAUGCUGGCUGUCCAAAGUUGGACUCUAACUCCUGCACUCAAUUCUGUAACUAGCUGUAAUUCAACAUCAUGCACAGCAAAGACAAGCAGAUAUUUUGCCCUAAAGAAGGGCUACAGAACAAUCUUGUAAUAGCUUAUUAAGCACCUUCUGUUUUAUCAUAGUCACUCUGUUCAUUUAUGUGUAGAUAUCAGCCUGGGCUAGGAGAUAAACUUUGCAAAUUCUUGCAUGUGAUUUAUUGACUGAUAUUUCUAUUGUUUCAAAUAGCAAAUUGGCUUUCACUUAGCCUUAGCUAAAUUGUAACUACUCUUGGACCAGUCUAAAUGCAAAGUCAAGCACACCUGAGAAAGGGUGCAUGCUCUGCAACCCCAGGGCAGAAAAAUCCAGGUCUCCAACUUCCCUUUUGGCUUGCUAAGGCCAGAUGGUAAUGGUCAUAAAGUGUUCAUCAAUGUCCUGGCUGGGCCAAGGCAAGAGACUGACAACUGCCUUGUGUGUCCAGCCUGUUGGUCCUCUUGGACAAGUUAAUACCUAGGAAACUGAGGUCUGUGUAAAAUCUAGAUAUUUACUAUGCUUUGCCUGAUGUUUCUCAUCUUGGAUGUCAUCUUGUAGGCAGGAGAGCUCUUUGGGUUGGAGCUCUGGGUGCUGAAAUUUUAUACUAGAUCUCCCCCUUCUACAGCAGGUAGGAGUUCAGAGAGCUAGUGCACAGGGCCUGGCUAUAGCUUAAACAAGCAAACUAAGUAGAAUAAGCACAUGCUAGCUAAAUGUUAUUUUUAUAUUGUAAGACUAAAAAUAUUUUCUACAUUUUGCCAAUAGAAUGACUUGAGUAAAGAUCACCUAUGCCUGAUUAAAUAUAUACUUAGAAAUAAGCACUGUACAACUCUAGCUUAACUGACUAAACUAGUUGUUACCUAUUAAAUAAUUCCCUGAGCAGCAAAAGUUAAAGUCUAGUUUCCUAUGCAAUUAUGUAUGUAAUGAUUUUGCACUUGUGUAGCAUCUCUAAGGUCUGAUGAGUUUGUGCUGUGACCUUCCCCCUAAGCCAGGGACAAAAGUUUUCCCUUCUUUGCCUAACCACAUAUUUGGCAGCUGCUGCUAAAACCAUUCUUCAUUCUUCCCCACCCCCAGCAACCUUGAGAUCAACCAGCCAUGCAAACAUGUAACUGCCUAACAUGACAUAAUUGCAUACCUAGUUCUUAAUUAAAAGUAGAUUAUUUCCAGAAUUAGCCAAAGAAACAUGCACUUGGUUUUAGUUUUUGUUUACUAGUUGAAGUCUGUAAAGUGAUCACUCUUAGCCUGUAGAAGCAGCUAAGUAAUCUUCUGAAGGUCUUCACAGCUCAGCAGCUAUUUAAACCUCUUUUAAUUAAAACUUUUAAUCACU